CAUCAAUGUGGAUAAACCCAGCAGUGAUGGAAGCUAAUUAGAAUUACAUGAACCUAAAAUUGUGCUGAUGGGGCAGAUUCAUGUAAAGGUCAUUCUGUGAUUAGAGGGUGAGACCAGCUUUUAGCUUCAGCUCUACGACAUUUAAACAUUCUGAAGGUCUACGACAUAUAAACAUUCUGAAGGUCUACUUCAGUUUUUUUUACGUAUGAUUUUUACUUUUAUAUUUAUUUCUUUUUAUUUACUUUGACGGUGAAGAGAUGAUUGAGAAGAGCUGAAGCUGGGUUCAAUUCCUGAUGUUGGUCUGUGCUGGAACACGCACGCACGCACGCACGCACGCACGCACGCACGCACGCACGCACGCACACACUUUUCUACAUCUGACUGCAGAGGGACGUUUGGUGCUGUGUGACCUCUGACCUGCGAGCCGUUUGCUGACUUCCCUUUUAUUUUUACGGCUGAACUAACAGCUUUCAUGUUGGAGCCCGUCUUAAUAAAUCUGUUUUGUCUGUAGACGUUUCUGUUCUUCUCACCAUUAAACAUGUGGAUACUCAAGGUCUGUUCCCUCUUUGUUGUCUUCACUUUCAUCCUGCAGCAUGUUGGCAGUGUCGUCGUCCAGACGGGAAGACAGAUGUGAGACCUGUCUCUCCCUCUGUCUGCUUAGUAUUCACUCUCUCUCUCACUCUUCUUGUCUCAGCUGCAGUUCAGAUCCUGGCGUUGCUUCACAGCUCUAUUAGCCUGCUCUGCUCUACACAGCUGCUUCAGGCUUUGAGACCCGCUGGGAAACAGACACACACUCUUACAGUAUCCUCACACAGCAACAAACACACCUCUUUCCUGGAGCUCCUGCAGAAUCAGAGGAGGAGAAAAGAAGAUUGGAGACUUUGGCCUCAAGUCCUGCAUCCACCUUCAGACUGCCGGGAUGAGGUGGUGGCUGCUGCUGGUCACUUUAUGGCUGAUGGUGGACCUGACCGUCCCCGUUGCCCAGGCCACACGUCACAGCAAGGACGCAGAGACACGGCAAGGAAAGAGGAAAAGAGGUCACAGGCAAGCAAGAGCAGGACGUUCUAGACCUGGACUAGAUGUUGAUCCCGGUGUCCCACUGGAGCACAGAGAAAUCCAUGACAAUGCUGUGCUCAUAAAAUCCUACAAGAACCUUGACGAACCGCAGUCCAGCUACAACGUGAUCCAAGGUAAGCAGGGCCAGUGUGUGUACCAGGGUCUGGCCAUGUUCGACCAGGCCGUCUGGUCCCCAGAGCCCUGUGUGACUUGUCUGUGUACAGAAGGGCGUGUUGUUUGUGAUGAGAUCAUCUGUCCCACAAAGCACUGCCCCUUCGCCAUCACCCCUCCUGGGGAGUGCUGCCCCGUCUGCACGGAGCCAGACCCUGACCUCAGCCUUGACAUUUCUGGUGACUCCCCAGUUCCCAGCGAUCCCAGUGAGCCUUCAAUGCCCCUAACCCAGAAGGAGAUCCAGCAAAUCCUCUGGAGGGAGGAAGAAGAGCACCGUGAGGAGGAGGAGCGCCUAAGGAAGAAGGAUGAGGCUAGGAGGAAGAGGAGGAAGCAGAGGAAGGAGCAGGCAGAGAAACAGAGGAAGAUAGUAGAGAAGAGAAGGCGAGAGGAAGAAGAGGAACUGAGGCUCCAAGUUGAGAAAGAGGAGGAGGAGUGGAGGCGGCAAAUAGAGGAGCAGGAGAAGAAGAGGAAGCAGGAUGAGGAAGACAGAAGACAGAAAGCAGAGAAAGAAGCAAUGGAGAGGGAGAGGGAGCUAGAAGAGGAAAGAAGGAAGCAAGAAGAGAUACUGAGGGAAGAAUUACUAGCUUUGGUAGAGAAAGAAAAAGAGCGACAGGAGGAGGUAGAGGAAGAGGAGGUGUGGCUGAGAGGAGAUGUGUUUAAGAUGCUCCCAAAAGAACCUGAAACACCAGAAGACCCAGACCUCCUGCUCAUUCCAAUCCCACAACCUCCGGUUGUAACAAAGGAUGAGCUGAAGGAGGUGGAGGGGGAGAUGGAGGAGGGGGAUGAUGAUGAUGAAGAGGAUGACAGAGGGGCUGUGGGUGGGGACAGAGGAGGCCUCCCUCCAGGCUGUGACAUCUCAGAUGUCACUGUGACGUGUGAAAAUGCCAAACUUACCCACUUCCCUGCUCUGUCCAUCCCUGAACUCAAAUCUCUCAGUCUGGAGGGCAACAACAUCAGCAGCAUUCCAGCAGGAGCCUUCAAUGGCAUCCCCAACCUGGAAUGGAUCAACCUCAAGAAAAACAAGCUAAGCUCUGCUGGCAUUGAUGCCAAAGUCUUUAAGGGUUUGAAGAUGCUGACACGCCUGUACUUGGACGGGAACCUUCUAGACACCGUGCCCUCUGACCUCCCUCCCACCCUGCAGGAGCUGAAGAUCAAUGAGAACACACUCAGGGGGAUCGAUGAAAACAGCUUCCUUGAUUUGAGCAACCUGGUGAUUCUGGAACUGGAAGGAAACCUUCUGAGUGAGGGCAACCUAGAUCCUCUGGCCUUUGCUCCACUCAAGCAGCUCUCUUACCUCAGGCUGGGCAGAAACUACUUCCGCACCAUCCCACAGGGUCUUCCUCCUUCACUGUUGGAGCUGCACUUGGAGAACAAUGUGAUUGAAGAAAUUUCUGAGACAGUUUUUAAUAAAACCAGUAAUCUGAACGUGGUUUCUCUACGACACAACCGACUGGAGGAGACCAGGAUUGCACCGAUGGCCUGGAUCAACCAUGGAAAUCUGGAGUCCAUUGACCUUUCAUAUAACCACCUUUACCUGGUUCCAUCCUACCUACCUAGAUCUCUGGUUCACUUAGUUCUGGUGGGAAAUAAAAUUGAGAGAAUACCUGGUUAUGUCUUUGCGCACAUGGCUCCUGGGUUGGAGUACCUUUACCUUUCGUACAACAAAGUAGAUGGGGAGGGAAUCGAACCGGAGUCAUUCUUCGGCUCGUAUAACUCCAUGGUGGAGCUCUGUCUAGAUCAUAACCAGCUGAUUGUUGUUCCAUCUGGCAUCAACGAGAUGAACAACCUACACUUUCUCAGACUCGACAACAACAUGAUCAGGAGUAUCCCUGACGAAAGCAUCUGUGACCCACACCACAGUGGGGACUCCACUAUGGUGGCACUGAGGCUGGAAAACAACUACAUUGACCCCCAGAAAAUCUCACCAACUGCCUUUUCCUGUGUACGCGCCUCCUCCAGUGUGGUCUUAAAGCCCCAGAAAACUGUCCGGAGUCUGCACAAAGCCAAAAACUAAAACAAAACUUUGGCCCUUGUGAAACACAUGAGCUCCAAAAUGUUUGAUUUUAACAUGCGAAAAGUGAAUGAAUUUCCCCUCAAAACUCUCACAGUCUCACAAAGGUUAAACAUAAAAACUACUGAUUUUAAAUUUAAACACAGGUGCUGAUGUAAUUUGCCUGAUGGGAACCUCUUAUCCUGUCAUAUCCUUGGACUGAACCCUUAUGAGAUGCAUAAAGUGAAUUUUCUCCUCCUUUGGCCCCAAUACACCCUCUCAGAUCUGGAAAUCUGCAGUGUGCUGUCUCCUAGCCCACUUUAAACUGGUGUGAAGGUGACAGAACACAUUGAGAGUUCAAAAUCAAAUACAUAUGUCUCCCUCUGUUAAAUGUUAAAGUUCUAAAAUGGAAGGAAUUCCUGCAUCAUACACAGUAAAAUGAAAAGACACGGAAGGAAUUCCAUGAUGUGCAACCACAGACCCAACAUUUACAACCUCAGCACCUUCAUGUUCCACUUUCUCAGCUCCAAUACUUCUACAGCCUCCUUUCAUAAAAACGAACAUGGAAACAGAUUCUAGUUGUAAACUCACACGUGUGAUACAUCCGUUAAGCUUUCAGUGUUAAGGGUUAGACGUAAGUUAAAGGACGGCGUUGAACUAAGUACUGCUGAAAAGCUUUUGAACAGAUAAUUAAUAAUGCUUCUUGACCUGCGCGUAACUGGAUGCUGACAGUAGCCACAUGUGGCAGUUGUGCCUACUGCACAAUAUACUAUUCUGUGAAGUUGCUGUGUUUGCAUGGUUUAAUUCACAUUUGAAAAAGCUUGGUGAGCAGAGGAGUUUUUAUUGAGUUGUUUGAGAUGGGUAUAUGCAUUAUGCAGAUAAUAGGGUGAACAUUCAAACAAAUGUCUUCAAGCAGCACAGAGAUGUGGGAAUAAUCAUUCAUCCAGGCGUAUUUUGACCCUGCAACAUUUUCACUUAUUAGUACUCUGUGUUCUUUAACAUGUAAACAAAUCUUUUGGUGAUUCAACAUUACUCUACCUAUGCCUCAACUAUCAUAAACCUCAAAAUGUCUACAACAGUAUUGGCUGUAGGCUUUGGCAGCUUGUAGGAGUAAAACUUGUUUAAACUGCAGAGCCUGAAGGUACUGUAGAGUUCUCCCAUUAAUACAAAUACCACAAACACUACUUUUAAACAAUGUUAGUUUACUUGUUCAUAUGCUAUAUUUUUGCAGUGUUGAUGUACAAUUCAAAUAAAGUUCACUAUGAUCCCA